UCUGACUGUAAACAUAAACCCGGCUGAUUUCAAAUAUCAAAACAAACCAGCAUGGAACCUCAACAGCUUGAUCAGAAUGAACAAAAUCCUUCGGAAUACCGCGUCCUGGAGCUGUUCAGCGGAAUCGGUGGCAUGCACUAUGCCAUUCGCCGUUCCGGCAAACCGUUCCGCGUGGUAGCCGCAAUGGAAAUCAACCCGGUGGCCAACACCAUCUACAACCACAACUUUGGCCCGGGCGCGGCCCGUAACAGCAACAUCCUCAGUCUCACCCCGGAACGCAUCGACCAACUGGGCGCCAACGUAAUCCUGAUGUCCCCUCCCUGUCAACCGUUCACCCGAAACGGCCACUUCAAAGACGUGGAAGAUCGACGGGCGGACCCGUUCGUGCACCUGUGCGACCUGCUGGACAAGAUCCCACAGGUGCGAUUCGUCCUGUUGGAGAACGUCAAGGGAUUCGAACGCUCACAAGCUUGCGAGCAGUACAAGGCUCGCCUAACCGCGGCCGGAUUCUUCUUCCGGGAGUUCAUUCUGUCCCCGCACGAUUACGGAGUACCCAACACCCGGCAUCGGUACUACUGCGUCGCAAAAAGAACACCGUUUGAGGGACCCACCCAGGAAAUCAUCGUCAAACCCCACAACAAACACAUUAAAAGUCUAAAUACAAUCAGCGAAAUCGUAGAACCCGACGACGGUGACCACCUCAGCCGAUACCUGCUCAAGCCGGACCUGCUGCGGAAGCGGCUCGCCAUCAUGGACAUUUGUACGCCCGACUCGCGCAACUCGAUGUGCUUCACCAAGGCGUACACGCACUACGCCGAGGGGACCGGUUCGGUGUACAGUCCGCUGACGAGGGAGGAAUUUGACCGGAUUUAUGCGCAGAUUGGACUGGCUGAGGACGUCGAGGAGCAGGACCGGUUGAGGGCCAGCUUGAAGGUGCGGUAUUUUACGCCGAAGGAGGUCGCGCGACUGAUGUCGUUUCCGGAGGGGUUUGGGUUCCCCAAGGGGACGACGGAUAAGCAGUGCUAUCGGGUGCUGGGGAACAGCAUUAAUGUGCUGGUGGUUUCGUCGUUGUUUGAUGAGAUGGAAUAAAGGUGUUGAAAUUGUA